UUCACGGCUCGAACCGGACAGUGGCCGCGUCUACUCAACUGCCUCAUCCCACUGCUCUUCUUCACUGUUCCCAGCAUUAACAGCUGUGUCUCUCACUCCCAAUUUCUUGUCAAUUAUCUUUCUCCAUUUUCUUCUGGGUAUUAGGUUUGAGCUUAAAAUACGUUGUUCCUGUGUUUCUUUUUUUCAUCUUAAUCUUAAGUUGGAAGCGAAGGCAGUACUUCAUUGUCUUAAUCUCUUGUUCUAUUCUGCGUAUUUUCUGAGAACAAUCAAAAUGGUUCUGGACAUCAUUCUUCCCAUUUUCACUGAGAUCAUUAAAGACCCCAUAUACAAGUACGUUAUUGUCCCUGUCAAAAGACACAUCAGUUACACUUUCAAGAGUGAGAGCAAGGUUACCAGACUCCAGGAUGAGGCUGAGCGAUUGAAGGACAAAAGAGAGAGGUUGCAGCAAUCCGUUGAUCAGGCUACAAGAAAUGGGAAAGAGAUCUUUGAGAACGUUACCAAGUGGUUGACCAGUGCAGACCAAACUAUUAAAGAGGCUGAUGAAUUGAUCCAAGGCAAAGAACAAGUGAAGAAGUGGUGUUUCAUUGGCUUGUGUCCUAAUUUGCAGACACGCCACAUGCUCGGCAGAAAUUCAGAGAAGAAGACUUCAGCAAUUUAUAAGCUUCUGAAUGAAGGUGAACUUGAUUCAAUUUCCUACUUGCCUCCUCCAAAGCAGAUAGCGGCUGAAUCUGUGUAUAGUCGCGAGGCCUUGCAUUCAAGAGUGUCAAUUUUGAAGGAAAUAAUGGGUGCCCUAAAAGAUCCUAAUCUUAAUAUGAUUGGCGUGUAUGGAAUGGGCGGUGUGGGGAAGACCACACUAGCCAAGGAAGUCCACAGACAAGCCCAAGAUGACAAGUCAUUUGAUGUUGUGGUUAUGGUUGCUGUAUCUCAGACACCAGAUGUCAGAAGGAUUCAAGAAGAAAUUGCUGAAGUCCUGGGUCUUGAUCUUCGUGAGGAGGGAAUGUUGCUAAGAGCAAAUCGAUUGUGUGAGAGGUUGAAGAAAGAGAAGAAGGUUCUUAUAAUUCUUGAUGAUAUUUGGAAACAACUUGAUUUGAAGGCAGUAGGAAUUCCAUUUGGGGAUGACUGCAGGGGAUGUAGCAUAUUGCUAACCUCAAGGAGACGAGAUGUAUUAUCUCGUGAAAUGGGCACGCAGAAAGAAUUCAGCCUUGAAGUUCUACAGGAAAAAGAGGCUUGGAGUUUGUUUGAGAUGACCGUGUUUGAUGCUGAAGAUCCAAAGCUGCCUCCAAUAGCAACUGAAAUUGUCAAAAAAUGUGCAGGAUUGCCCCUUCUUAUACACAAAGUUGCUAUGGACUUGCGAAGGUGUGAGUCAUAUAAAUGGAAUGAUAAGUUAAAGCAACUAUCUGACUUUGAUAAUGAAGAAAUAGAGGAAAAAGUACACUCGGUUCUUAAGUCGAGCUACAAUAAUUUGCCUCCUGAACUCGGAUCAUUUUUCUUGCUUUGUGGUCUGUUUGGACAAUCCAAUAUUCAGAUCCAGAGCUUGCUAAAGUACAGUAUGGGACUAGGUUUAUUUAAACGCGUAGUCACUGUUGAAGACAUGAGAAACAAAGUAUUUACUUUGAUCGAUGACCUCAAAGCUGAAUGCUUGUUGCUAGAUGGUGACAUGGAUGGAUUCGUAAAAAUGCAUGAUGUUGUUCGGGAUACUGCUCUCUCAAUUGCAUCUAGGAAGCAUCAUGCAUUUAUAGGUAUAAAUGGUACUUUCCCAAUGGAAUUGCCCAACAAAGAUUGCACCACAAUUUCUUUGCCUUACUGUGAUAUCCAAGAACUUCCUCAAUGGAUGGAGUGCCCAAAAGCAGAGUUGUUGUCACUUUUCACUGAAGAUCUUUCCUUGGAAGUCCCUGAUUUAUUUUUUGAGGGCAUUAGAAAACUUAAAGUAGUGGAUUUUACUGGGAUGCGUUUCAUAUCCUUGCCUUCAUCAAUUGGUUUUCUGAUAAACCUUCAUACCUUGUGCUUGCAUCGAUGCCAAAUGAAUGAUGUAGUUAUCAUCAAAGAGUUGAAGCAAUUGGGAGUCCUUAGUUUUGCAGACUCGUAUAUUGUUGAGUUGCCUAGGCAAAUAGAGGAAUUGACCCAGUUGAAGUUGUUAGAUUUGGGCAAUUGUUCCAAGCUGAAAGUUAUUCCAGCUAAUGUCUUAUCAAAGUUGUCUCUGUUAGAAGCACUGUAUAUGAAUAACAGUUUUGUUCAGUGGGAUGUCAAAGGAAUCAGCAAUGAAGGUAAUGCAAGCCUUACUGAGUUGGAACAAUUGUCUCGCUUGACAACUUUGGAAAUACAGGUUCUAGAUGCCAAGAUAAUACCAAAAACCUUAUUCUCCCAUGGGUUACGAAGGUAUAAAAUAUUCAUAGGAGAUGUAUGGGGCUGGCAUGGAAACUAUGAAACAUCGAAAACUCUAAAGCUCAAGCUGAAGACAAGCAUUCAUUUGGAGUACGGGGUUAAAGAGUUGUUGAGAGAUACUGAAGAUCUAUAUUUAGAUGAAGUGAGUGGGGUUGAGAAUAUAUUGUUUGAUAUCGAUAGGGAAGGAUUUCCAAGAUUGAAGCAUCUCCAUGUCCAAAAUGAUGUUGUGAUUCAACAUGUUAUCAACUCAACGAAAUGGGCUGCAUGUCAUUCUUUUCCCAUCUUAGAGUCUUUGUUUCUGGAAAAUUUACUGAACUUGGAGGAGAUUUGCCAUGGUAAACUUGAAGCAGGGUCAUUUAGCAAAUUAAGAAUUUUAGAAGUUAGAAACUGUGAAAGAUUGACAAAUCUCUUCUUGUUACCCACUAAAAUUGAAGCUCCUGUUAUUGAUGAAAGUGAAAACAACAACGAAGUGGUAGAGUUUGGUCAGUUGUGCUCCUUGAAGCUAAUUAACCUACCGCAUCUUCAAUUCUUUUGCGCUGAAAUGAAAGUGGCCCAAGGAACAGAAGUAAGACGCAAGCAAUCGGCAGCUAUUCCAGAAUUUGAGGAAUUUGUGUCAGAGCAUGAGCUUGGUGCUCAUUCAUCACUUUUCAACAGAAUGGUUUCUUUCCCCAACCUGGAGGAUCUGCAAUUAACCUCAAUUAAUUGUGAAAAUAUAUGGCAUGAUCAUCUGUCUACGACAUCUUCAAACUUAACUUGCUUGAUUUUGAACGGAUGCCACAAUUUGAAGUAUUUAUUUACAGCUCAUAUUGUUAGUAGUCUUUUGCAGCUCAAAAAACUUGAGAUAGAAAACUGCAGGUCCAUAGAGGAGAUAAUAUUGACAGAGGUAGCAGAAAGAAAAGAGAGCGUGACUAAAAUUCUCUUUCCUAACCUGGACAAAUUGAGGCUUUAUCUUCUUCCAAAGUUGGUUAGAUUCUGCAAUGGGUGUCCAGUUGAAUUUCCAUGUCUUCGAGAACUAGACAUAUCCUAUUGUGAUGUGUUGAUGUGCUUCGUCCCUAGUGUUCCUCUUGCAGGCAUGAUGGCCAAAGAAGGCAACACAAAGAUGAACGACAAUCCUAAAAUUCAGUCUCUCUUUGAUGAAAUGGUAGCUUUCUCUAAUUUGGAGACAUUGAAACUUCAUGAAAUGAGUAUGUUAAAAAGUAUAUGGCACGACCAACUUACAGCCAAUUCCUUUUGCAAAUUAAAGUCAUUACGUAUUAGUGAAUGCAGAAACCUAGUGACUGUUUUUUCAUGGAAUGUCUUGGAACGAUUUAAGAGACUAGAGGAGUUACAGUUAGAUUUCUGUGCUUCAUUACAAGAGAUAUAUCAUCUUGAGGGUUUCAAUAUAGAAGAAGGGAAUGUUAUUGCAGCAUUUGAGUUGAGAGAUUUAUCUUUACGUUGGCUGGAGUCAUUGAAGCAUGUAUGGAGUAAGGAUCCGCAAGGACUUUUCACUUUUGAGAACCUGAAAUCAGUUAGAGUUGAUGGUUGUAAAGUUUUGAAAAAUCUCCUUCCCACCUCCAUAGCCAAAGGUCUCUUGCAACUUGAACAGCUUGAAAUAAACGAUUGUGGGGUUGAGGAGAUUGUUGCAAAGGCAGAAGGUGUGGAGCUAACUCCUUAUUUUUUCAAGUUUCCUCGACUAACUUAUCUUGAACUGUCAAAACUACCAGAACUUAGGAGUUUCUAUCCAGGGACACAUACUUGUGAGUGGCAGAAAUUGAGAUGUUUGAAGGUGUAUGAUUGUCGCCGAUUAGUGAAAUUCGCUUCAGAAUUUUCUGCUUACCAGCAAGGGGACGGUAAGGACCAACAUAACAUCCCAAUUCAACCACCUUUCUUUUUGUUGGAAAAGGUUAGUCCCAAGUUGGAGGAAUUGACAUUAGAAUCCGAGGACUUGACUGCGAUACAGCUAGGCCAAUUGCCAUUUGACUGCUUUUCCAAACUCAAAGUUCUUACUUUGAGUGGCUUACAGAAUGAACCACGUCCUUUUCUACUUAGUUUCCUUAGAAGACACUGCUAUUUGGAAAAGGUUCAUGCAUUUGGUGGUAAUUUAGAAGAGCUAUUCUCACAUGGAGGGUUUGUUGGGGAGGAGGAACAUGCCAGGCCACUGGCACGAGUGAAACACUUGGAGUUAUCUAAUGUUGAUAGUUUGAAGUGUAUAUGGAAGCAAGACCCCCAAGUAGAACCUCUUCUUCAAUAUCUUCAGAGUUUGAGAGUUGAUAACUGUAAAGAUUUGAUUAACAUAGCACCAUCCUCAUCAUCGUUCCUAAAUCUAGCAACUCUUCAUGUGGUGCACUGUGAUGGAUUGACACACCUCAUAAUGGCUUCCACAGCCAAAACUAUGGUGCAACUCACUAACAUGAGAAUCUCCUAUUGCCCCAGUUUGACAGAAAUAGUGUCAAGUGAUGGAGAUCACAUGGAGGAUGAGAUUAUUUUCAGCAAACUUAAGUAUUUGGAACUUGAAUAUUUGACUAGUCUCACCAGCUUUUUCGCAGGGAAUCAUGCCUUAAGUUUCCCAUCUUUAGAAAAUGUCAUUGUCACCGGAUGUUAUAAAAUGAAGAUUUUUUCUCAUGGAAUCUUAAUCACGCCAAAGCUACGUGGAAUACUACUGAAAAGAGAUGCAGACAAACAGCACUGGGAAGGAGACCUUAAUGCGACAAUAGCAUGUCAGUUAACAGAACGGGUUGGCUCAUUUUUUCAAGUAUCUGAAUUUCCUGAACUCUGGCAUAAUGGGAACCAAGGGAGACUCUUCCUCAAUGUAGAAUCACUAGUGGUGGAUAAACAUGCAUUAUCCUCCAAAGCCAUAUCAGCCAAUCUGCUGCAAUUCUUGAGCAAGUUGAGAAAGAUUGAGGUAAGAGACUGUGAUUCGCUGGAAGUAGUUUUUGACAUGGAAGGGCUAUCUACUGAUGAUGGGCAAGUUGGGUUGCUGCCCCGCUUAAGUGAAUUGAAAUUGAAGAACCUGUCAAUGUUGAAGCAUUUAUGGAACAAGGAUCCUGGGGAAAUUUUGGACCUUAAAAAUCUUAGGCUACUCCAAGUGCAAAAUUGUGGCAGCUUGGAGUAUAUAUUUACCAAGUCCAUGGCAUUUUGCCUCAGGCAGCUCCAGAAGAUAGAGAUACUGAAGUGUAACAUGUUGGAAGGAAUAAUAGGAGUGGAGGCAGAGGAAUCAACUUCAGAGAAUAAGAUGAUAUUCCCUUCAUUAGAAUCCGUAGUCCUUCAAUGUUUGCCCAAAUUUUCAAGUUUCUGUCUAGGAAGUAGUAAUAUGGAAUAUCCAUUGAAAAAGAUGAGCAUAUAUGACUGUCCAAGCAUGAAGACUUUCUUUUCCACACCACGAAGAGCACAAAAACCUGGUAAGGAUGACGAAGGAAGGGAACACAGGCUAGACAAGAUGUUUCCUAAUUUGGAGGAGUUGUCAUUAGACAGCAAGUCUACCCUAUUGAUACUGCAAUCUGAAUUCUCAACGCAGUUGUUUUCCCAAGUAAAAGUAUGUGAGCUGCGCUUUUUUCCAAACAAAUCUCCUGCUUCUCUGUCUGGUUUCCUUCCAAGAUUUUCCAAUCUUAAAGAACUUGGAGUCCGUGAUUCAUCUUUAAAGGAGCUAUUUAGAUUUGAAACACUCUGUGGUGACCAGGAGGAUGCCACUAUACUCCCACGAAUAAGAGUUGUAAAGCUAUAUAAUCUUGGUGAUUUAAUUUAGCACAUAUUAGUGCAAGACUGUCAACGGCAGGACCCAUUAUUUCAAUAUAUUGAGACUCUGGAAUUAAGGUCUUGUGCAAAUUUGAUUAAUCUUGCACCACUCUCUGCAUCUUUCCAAAAUUUAACAACUCUGCUACUAUGUGAAUGCAAUCGAAUGAAAAACAUAGUGGCAUUGUCAGUGGCCAAAAGCAUGGUGCAACUUGUGAAGUUGAGUUUAAAAUCUUGCAGAAUGUUGAUGGAAAUAGUAGGAAGCGAAGAGGAUGGAACAGCGGAUGAGAUUGUUUUCAGCAAAAUGAAAACAUUAGAACUUACUGAUUUACAGAGCCUCACAAGCUUCUGCUUGGGCAGUUGCACUUUCAAAUUCCCGUCUUUGCAACAAGUAACUGUCGCAUAUUGCCCCAACUUGAGGAUUUUCUGUUCUGGAGUCUUGUGCACACCAAAGCUACAGAGUGUAGAAGUUACAAGCUACAAUAACCUAGCAAAUAAAGAAUGGCGUUGGGAACGCAAUCUGAAUGCCACCAUUGAACAAUUGUACAAUGAAGCGGUUGGAUUUCAAAGGAUCUGGGAUUUGACACUGUCCAACUUUCCCUUGCUGAAAGAAAAAUGGCACGCACAAGUUCCAUUUGAGUACUUACGCAGUUUAAAAAAAUUGGUGGUGGAGUGUUCAUUUUUCUCAAAUGCUAUACCAUCAAAUCUACUGCAGCACUUGUGCUGGUUGAGAGUUCUCGUUGUACAAAAAUGUGAUUCAGUAGAAGAAGUGUUUGAUUUGGAAGGGCUAAAUGCUGAUGAAGUUCAUUUCAGGCUCAAAGAAAGUUUAAGUGAACUGCAUUUAAUUGAUUUGCCUAGGUUGAGGCAUGUGUGGAAUGUGGAUCAUAUAGGAAUUUUGAGCUUUGAAAACCUGAAAUUGCUGAAAGUUCAUAAUUGCAGCAACUUGACUAAUAUAUUCACCGUGUCCAUGGCUUUGGGCGUUGUAAACCUCCAAUAUUUGGAAGUAAAACGAUGUAGCUUGAUGGAACAGAUCAUCACAAAAGUGUCGGACGUGGAAAUGAUGAGUGACAACACCAUUUUUCCAUCAUUGCAGUCCUUAAGUCUGGAGUGUUUGCCCAACUUGUCGAGCUUUUACUCCGGAUGCAAUGUUCUAAAGUGUCCAUCCUUGAAAAAAGUUGAAGUAGUUGACUGUCCAAAGAUGGAACUAUUACCUUCAAGAUUUUAUAAGGAACAAGAUUCAAACAUGAUUGUUGAGGGAAAUGAAGAAAAAGUUUAUGAUGGAGACUUGGACAUUUCUGUUGUGGCUGCUUUUUUCGGUGCCAAGGUUGCAAUCCAAAGCUUGGAAGAACUGAGAGUGGAAUGGAACAAUAUAAAGGACAAGUUGGGUGAAAACUCUCAAGCUGAGUACUUGUCCAGACUGAAAGUCAUUGAGCUGACAUGCUUUGCUGGUGAAUCUGCGCUCUUGCCAUCUGAUUUCCUUCGAAGCUUACCGAGCCUGAAGAGACUCGUUCUCUGCAAUGCUUCUGUUGAAGAAAUAAUCCUUCAUCACAUGAACAUUGGUGAGGAAAAAUAUCCUCAGUCGCUCACAUGGUUAAAAGAACUAAAGCUAUCUAAGCUGCCAGAGCUCAAGCAUCUUGUGGAUGAAGAUUCCCAACCAGUCCCUAUUUUGCAGAAUCUGGAAACUCUUGAAGUAUUGGAAUGCAGCAGAUUGGAAAUUUUAGUUCCAUCCUUAGUAUCUUUCCAGAAUCUAGUGUCUUUGGAAGUAUCAAAAUGCCAUGGUUUAAGGAAUCUGAUAACAGCCUCAGCGGCUACAAAUCUUGUCCAACUCAGAAGAAUGAAUAUAAAAGAAUGUGAAAGCCUGCAAGAAAUAGUAAGGAGUGAAGCAGAUGGAGCUGAAGACGAUAUUGGGUUCAAUCAACUAGAAUAUCUUGGACUUAAUGAUCUACCAUGCCUCACCAGUUUCUGUUCAGGUAAUUAUGCUUUCAAUUUCCCAUCCUUGGAAAAGGUGAUGAUUAGAGAAUGCUACAACAUGAAGAUAUUUGCUGAGCAAGCGUUGAGCACACCAAAGCUAAUGCGAGUUCAAACAGGAGAAAAGCCCUAUGAAUGGGAAUGGGAAGGCAGCCUUAACAGCACCAUUCAAGCCUAUUAUUCAUGGAAAUGGUGAGUGCUAAUUGACUAAAACAUACUCUCAUCUCACUUAUUUCGGGAAAAUUACAAAAGAAAAAAAAGAAAAACGUCUCUUUUACUAGUGACAACCUUGCCAAUCAAAAUUUAAUUAAACUUGUAGAUUGAAAAUGAAGAAAAUUUUUGAUUGCUUAUUAUUCGAAGUUUGUAGUAAUUGUUUUGUAGUUUUUCGUUUAUUAUAUGUAUAAAAAUCGAAGAACUUUUCAC